AUGGACAUGUUCACCGACAAAUUGAGGUCAGUCAAACAGAUUGGCCUGUGGGAUCCUCCAUGGGCCUCUUCUAUCAGUGGAAACGCUACGGCCGAAGACUUUCAACCCUCGGAACACGAUGCAGACUGGCCGGGUCCGUUGGCCAUUGCAGGAUCACAACCUUUUGUAUUGAAUGUCAAGGAUUGUGGCCAGGCUUUGACGUAUGGCAUCUACCCCAAGAGCGGCGACGGCAAUCUACAGAUACCCAUAAUUGCGUCACGUACUACCGGACAACAAACCAGUGAAGGUUGUGAUGUUGCAGUAGAUACGCUUGCACUGCAAAUCGAUGCAACGAAUAAAAUGUUCCAUGUCGAAAUUCUAUCCCCGCAAGGCGAGGGGAUGGCCGACUAUUCUUGGGUUGCUGUGACGAACACUACAGAUGUGAUCUGGGCCAUUUCGGCUACGGAAAUGACCUCGUUUGCCACUGGCGUUUACAUUUGGGUAGAUGGACAGGGGCGCACGCACGUGGUGGGGCUAUAUGUCGAUCCAAAGGAGAGUGUCUGCAACUUUUCAGAAGAAGAAGGAGACGAUAGUGGCAAUGCAGAUAUUCUUGCAGGAGAACCUGAGGUUUCUUUGGACGGAUCCUCUGUUUUUGCAGCACUUCCUGCGUAUACCGUGGAAGCUUUGGAGGAUCCUAUGUCUCCCCAGUCGUUGGGAUUGGCCUGGCUCGAAGAGCAUCCCACAACUGACUAUAAGGAAGAGCAAGACCCUGACGUAGAUCAUUGGGUGUACGAAGCCGAGGGGAAUAGCUGCCACGAAGAUGGGACAUUCCAACGACUACGUUUGUUCAGCUUUGAUCCAGACACAUCGCCCUUGGUGGGAACGUUGCCCCGAGAGAUCGCCUUCUUGGCCCAACUGGAAGAGCUGGAGUUCUAA